CUUAACAAGAAGCGACUUUCCAAAGGUUGUUCUUUUUGCGUGUAUCCUCCCUACUGUCUUUCACCUGCGAGCGCGACCAAAGGGAAAAAAUUGCUCUGCCGCAGCUCAAAGAAAUGAAAUAAGCAAAAGAAAAGGAAAAACCCUACACGCACCCAGCUCAUUCUCAUUCAACUGGGACAAGUUUGAAAUAGUUCUCUACGAAUUACCAACUGGACUGCCCAAAAACCUAAAUCCUUUUUGCGGAUAAGUGGUUUAACAAGUUUGAAAAUCCAAAAUGUUGAAAGGCCGGAAAGCUGGUGGGCGGGGGGAGACCACUGCAGCUCACUACGCAUUUGGAUUUGGGCCUCUCGAGGAUGACAUCAUCAUAAAGCACCGGCUUUUGACCCGAACAACCACAACAAGAGGAGAGCCACCAUUGAAGAAGCUUCAGAAGAAGUUCACUACCUUUGCUGCCGAAGUUGAGAAAGAAGCCGAUAACUAUGGGGAGUGCGAAAGGCUUGCAAAGGCCUUUUUGCAGGAGCUGAACACUUUUGAGAUCCCACUGCUCAAGAGUCGGGCAGUGAUUGAUGCUAACGUUAGGGAGAAGGAGAAUUUCAACGAGCUGAAAGAGGAGAUCAAUCGGCAGAUUUUGCAGGCGCAAGGUGACAUAGAGGAUCUGAAGAAGCAGCUGGAAGAGAGCAAGAUCGAGAGGCAGCAUAAAGAGGAGUGUGAGGCCAUUAGGAAGAUGAUAGCCGUGCAGCCACCGAGGUCCGAAACGCAGAAGAUCAUAAACGAGCUUGAGAGGGAGAUUGCCAUGCUGGAGGCAGAAAAUACGGCCAGCUCGAGGACACUCGACCUCCGCAAAAAGCAAUUUACGCUUUUGUUGCAUGUGGUGGAUGAACUACAAAACACCAUUGAGGAGGAACAGCAGAGUUUGAUGGAGGAAAUGAGGACAGCAAUUGACGAGGAAAAGACGGGUUUAGAGGAUGCUAGUGGGGCCCCUGAUGCUAUGGCUGUUGAUUAGAUUGGCAUUCUGCAUCUUUGUCAGAUCACAAGAAGAAAAAUGUGUUUUGUUUGAUUACUAUUAUCAUCUGGCUUGUAAAAGAUGAGUUAAACGUUACAAGAUGAGUUAAACGUUCCGGCUGCCGCAAUAUUUUGUACUUCUGUAGUGCAUUUUAUUUUAGGUAGCUAGCUCUCAAGAGUCGAGACUCAGAAAUUUAACAGGAUGCAGCACUCUAGUAAUAUAUAAUUUUCCGGGACAACUUUAGUUAAACCACACAAUUUCAGUAUUUCACGUACGUGCCAGUUUUUCAAAUACUCGGGCACUCUAGCCACGAUCUUUCACCAGUGUUUUUAUGGGAGACAUUUGACCAGUGCCCUCAAAGGACACUGCACAAAGAGAACUGAGUUUUCUCUCGUGAAAAUUCUAACAGUCUAGAAAAAUUUUGGGUACUUGGUGA